AUGGGUGACAAAAGUUCCCCUCGCCCUUCGAGAUGCAUUGCAGUGAUAGGCGCAACCGGCCAAACUGGACGCCUCGUUUUGAGAAAUCUGUUCGCCAUCGAAGGCAUGGACCUGACUUUUCAGAUAUAUGUCCGCUCCCAAAGUAAAUUGGAAAGCCUCUUCCCUGCCAUCUCCUCGGAUGAUCGUGUUACUGUCUUUCAGGGGAGCAUCGAUGACCAUUCCCUCAUGGCAAGAUGUCUCUCUGGAGUUGAUACGAUUAUUUGUACGCUCGGGGAGAACGAAAAUAUCCCAGGCGUUCGUGUGAUGCAAGAUUUCGCAAAGUCAACUUUGAAGGCGCUGGAGAUACUCAAGGAACGCGACCACGACCGGAAACCUCCACGACUCAUUUUGCUUUCCUCCGCGACAUGGAAUGAACGUCUUAGUGAACCCCGACCGGCGAUAUUACACUGGAUGAUUCGCAACGCCUUCGCUCGACCGUACCAAGAUUUGGUGAACGCCCAGGAACUGCUCAAAGCCUCCCCUUCUCUGUUGAGCAUGAUUUUGGUUCAGCCCAACGCUCUUGUGGAGGAAGCCCCGUCAGGCUGUGUGAUUGAUCCUGAAUUUGCAUACAUGGCAGUUUCCUAUGAAGACCUCGCGGAAGGAUUCCUUAGAUUGGUGACCGAUCGAACCUAUGAUGGACUCGAUGCUGUUGGAGUUUCCAGCAAAAAUGCGAAAAACGAACUUCUUUACAUCCCAUUCGUGCUCGGCAAAGUUAUUCGAGGUCUGAUGUUCCAAUUCAUUCCGGGGUACUGGCAAACGGAAUUCGCGGUAAAAGGCUUUCUCGGUGAAGUUUUUUCUCGGAAGAAGAAGCAAUCUUAA